UCGAAACGUAGUUUUUUGUUAAUUGUUUUGUUCUACGUGACUUUACCCAAAGACCUAAAUAUAAUAGGCAUGCAAUAACACUACCCGUUAGAUAUGAAUAGAAAUCCAAAGUUAAAUCUUGACUUAAAUCUUUCGUGACUGCAGGAAUUCAUAUUCUUUGGGUCUUUCGGCAAAGUCACGUAGAUAGGUUCAAAGAAAAUUGUUUUUAUUUUCUUUGAACCUAUCUACGUGACUUUACCGAAAGACCCAAAGAAUAUGAAAUCCAAAGUUAUUGCAAAGAGCUAACAUGUCCAUCAUAGCUUUCUAAAGGCAUAUGAGAAGUACUUACUUUUUUUUUCAUAUGACAAGGUUGAGUUAUUGAAUUAUGUCAUCAUUUUAGAGGACAUAUCUUAAAAAAUACAAAAACUUCGCAUUCCUCAAUAAAAUUAUUAAAGGAAAAAAAGCAUUUCAUUAUAUAAGUAUUGGGCUCUGAAUAGCAGAGACAAUGGCAAUUACCAUAAACGUCACGGUUUUUCCCCUUUAGAGCAAUGUUAUUGAUGCGCUUAUGCAUCGCUGCCAACAAGUAUUUCUUAUUCCAUAGAAUGCCAGCCACUCAUAAUUUGUAGCACUGCAUUUGCUAUCGGACAUCAUCAUUUCGAUCUCCCAGCACAGCAGUUGAAAUAAUUGUGCAAGUUUUUUUUAAAUCCCACCCCCCACAUCUGUCCACCCAGUAGUAUAGAUACACCACAGUCAGUCGACAGGUUUCGUGAUGGGGUGACGUGUCGGUACUCCCACCUCUUCCAAGACGUCUGGCACGUGUGGAAGCGUUGUGAAAAUGCCCUCUCGAGGUGCUUUCUAAAGCUCCCUCUAGUGGAGGCCCUUCCACCAGCAUUGGUGUGAGCAAGAAAUUGCAGGGCUGCGCCUUUACCCAUUUUUACCUUGUAGAGAUAUCCGUUUGAAUAUCAAUGUUUAAGUUAAUCUCUGAACUAAAAAUAUGCAACAUUCACGUAAACAAAUAUUCGUUUCAUUUUUUUUGUUGACCAGAAACAUGGUAGAGACGCAACUAUAAACACGGUUUUAAUCGUACUGGAGGAUUUUUAAUCAUAGUGGCAUUUUUAAUAAUUCUGGGAAUUUUCAAUCAAUGGAAUUUUUUUUAUGAGACUUUUUAGCACUGAUUGCUCAAGGGUUUACAUGUAUUGGUAGUAUAUCUGCCAAGUCUUCUAAUUAAAAUAUAGAGUAGGUAAACUUGUAAAUUCCCAUGCUACUUGUGCAUAGUGUUUCGUACAAGGCAUGUUUCACAAAAGUUGUACCAAUACCUAUUAUUAACAGAAAAUAUAAAAUGUUCCUUUUCAUAUUCAUUGAAGAUAAUUGUACGUCACUUGUUUUUUAUUUGUUCGGCAGCAUUACGAUUAUUGUUGAGAUGUCAGAUUGAUUUGUAUAUCAUAUCAACGUUUCACUGCAGAGUUGUAGGUUGUAAUGCCAUUUGGCAAUGUUGCGCAUUUUGCAUCUACUGAAACGCAUAUAAUGUUCAACUAAUAUUUCAUGGUAAAAUUACAUAGACUUUUACGUCCAAUAACGUUAUCCACUAUAUAACAUAACAAAAGUCAGUUAAAUCACUGGCUACUGGUAACGUAUCCAUUUACAGCAAAACUGAUAAGAGCUUCAAGACAUACGGAUGCAAAGGUGAAAAGUAUGUCCAAUGAGGUGAUGACGCCUAUUAUGCGACGAAGUAAUCCGUAUUAGUAUUUGCCAAACAUGCACACAUCUGUCUCCUCAAUUCCUGUCUGCAAGAUUUUUCCAACUGCUUUUAACAGAAAUUCCACGUUGGUCAUGUUAGCAUAUAAUAUAAUGAUUUAAAUCCUGAAAGGUGUAUGGGGUCGUUGACAUUUAAAGACGUAAUAAACUACUCAUUACGUAAGGGGUCGAUGUUUUUUGGAGAGUCUUUGGGUGAUUGUGCUGCCUCUGUGACUUCGUGGUAGCAAUGCCUCCAGUUUAUAAACUUCAUGGGGGAGUGGUACAUGAAGUUGCGCGCUGUUUUAUAACCCGGUGAUGUGUCAACGUGCCAUCAUAAUUUACUCAAAUUUUUUACAGUGGGUCGUUAGAGCCGGCCUCGCCUCCAAAUUAACACCGAUUGCUUCAAAACUCCACAUUAAUUAUCAACUGAUGUUAAAAAUAGGGUAUAUGUCUCCCAUAUGUUGACAUGGAACUCUGGAUUAUACAUUUCAUGGGCACUUGAUUCAAUAUUACAGGUGCAUGGGCAUUGUAAUUAUUCGAUUUUACAAAUUUUAUUGGUUUUGUUAGGUAACAUGGAGUGUAUUGUAGUUAAUGGAAUAAAACAUCUACAAAAAUAAUACUCUUGUUUCAAAGUUUAUUGGAUACAAAAAUAAUCUUUUAAAAUGUUAAAUAUUCACAUACUACUGUACUAAGGUUGUCACAGUUGUCCUGUACUGCGUAACGAUUGGCAUGAUGUCUGACGUUUCACUCCACGUGCUGGAAGCGUGCUGGAUGAAAACGUUGGACAUAGUACCAAACAUUCUUGAUUUGAAGCUUUCGUGAUUGCAGGAAUCCAUACUCUUUGGUUCUUUCGGUAAAGUCACGUGGGUAUAAAAUAAAAUAAAUCACGACGUUUAGAUCACAACACAAGUCGUCGUCCUCAGGUGGAAAAAUGAAAAAAUAUAUAUUUUAUACCUACGUGAGUUUACCGAAAGAACCAAAGAGUAUAGUACCAAACGCUUGCGGUAGAACAAAAUACAUUUCAAGAGAGACAUUCACGUUUGAAAAUAAUUCUAUUAAUAUGAUCAACAUGCAGAGAUUGAAAAAUGCAUUCAUUUACUUUAGCAGUUUUGUAAAUUCAUCUUCAGGUGCCGCGUCUCGUAGUGGGGUCAACGUCCUGUUACGGUUCUGCAAGGAUGGAACAUUGGACGCUCAUUCAACUCAGGGCGGAGGUCUAGGCUUACUCAUUAACCCCAAAUCUUGGUAUAAAGCCGGCGGUGAGUGCCCGUGCUGGUCCCAUACCUUCAAGUGACACUUGGUGUCUUUGAGCAGGCGUAUUGAGAGAUCACAGUGACAAACCGGACGUCUUCUGCCAUGGGUUGUCUUCGUGCCUUUUGGAGGUACCGCAAAUUCCUCAUCGUCGUCUUGACGCCUCUGCUCCUUCUGCCUCUUCCACUUGCCAUCAAAACACCGGUGGCCCAGUGUGGCUACACCCUCAUCGUGACGGCCGUCUACUGGAUCUCGGAGGCCGUUCCCCUUGGGGCUGCGGCCAUGGUGCCAGGAUUCCUCUUCCCUCUCUUCGGCAUCCUCAAGUCGAGCGAGGUGGCUGCUGAGUACUUCAAGGAUUUCCACCUGUUGCUGACGGGCGUCAUCUGCCUGGCAGCUGCCAUCGAAAAGGCCAACUUGCACAAGCGCAUCGCGCUACGUAUGGUGAUGGUCGUGGGCUCCAACCCGGCCUGGCUCAUGCUGGGCUUCAUGGUGACGGCCGCGUUCCUGUCCAUGUGGCUGAGCAACACCUCCACGGCGGCCAUGCUCAUGCCCAUCGUGGAGGCCAUGCUGGUGCAGAUCAUGAACGCGGAGGCGUCAAUCGACAACCUGGAGCACGGGGAGGCGGAGGGCAGCUGCCACGUCAACGCCGCCGUCGUGGACGAAGAGUUAGAAUUUCAAGAAACCGAAAUGCAAGAUUCGUUGGAAAGAAUUGAUGUCGAGUAUUGUACCCUUGACAGCAACACGGACAGCAAGAAGGCUGUCAACGGAGAGGUGUGCAGCACUGCAAGAUCAAUUGUAGAAUCAAUUAAGGUGGAAGGAGACGCGGAGGCUCCUGCGGUGCCGAGCCGCUACCACUCGCAGAGCCAGCAGAUGCUGUGCAAGUCGCUGUCGCUGUGCGUGGCGUACGCCUCCACCAUCGGCGGGAUCACCACCAUCACGGGCACCUCCACCAACCUCAUCUUCGCCGAGCAGUUUAACACACGAUACCCGGAAUGCGACUGCAUUAACUUUACCUCCUGGAUUAGCUUCUCCUUGCCAAUUUCGUUCAUCAUCCUCAUUCUCAGCUGGGUCUGGAUGCACAUCAUCUUCCUCGGCUUCAACUUUGCGCACAUGUUCAAAUGCGCAAAAACCGAAAAGGAAUUGGCCGCGGAAGCUGUCAUUAAGAAGGAAUAUCAGCAGCUCGGUCCCUUCAGCUAUCAAGAGCUGGUGGCUGCGAUCAUCUUCCUGUUGAUGGCCAUCCUGUGGUUCACGCGUGAACCGGGCUUCAUGCCCGGCUGGGCCUCCGUCAUCGGACCGAAAGGAUAUCAGGGAGAUGCCACUCCGGCCCUCAUGCUUGGCUUCCUGCUUUUCAUCAUCCCCCAGACGCGGCCACGAUGCCUCUUUUUCUGCGGAUCCGCAGGAAAUGUCGAGACGGGUGGAGAGGGCCUCUCCGAUUCCUCCUUCAAGCCCAUGAUCUCAUGGAAGGACUUCCAGCGCUGCAUGCCGUGGGAGGUGUCCUUCCUCGUCGGAGGAGGAUUCGCCCUGGCAAGGGGGAGUCAGGUGUCAGGGCUGUCAGAGUGGAUUGGGAGCAAGCUCGUGUCUCUAAACACCAUGCCCGUGUGGCUGAUCAUCCUCCUGUCUUGUCUCUUGGUCACCACUGUCACUGAGGUGGCCAGCAACCCUGCCACCAUCACCCUGUUUCUGCCCAUCCUCUCCAGUUUGGCAGAGGCCAUUCACGUGAACCCACUGUUCAUCUUGAUUCCUGCCACCAUCUCCACCUCCUUCGCCUUUCUCCUCCCCGUCUCCAACCCGCCGAAUGCCAUCGUAUUUACAUACGGUCACCUCAAAGUCACCGAUAUGAUUAAGGUCGGCUUGGGGAUUAACAUCAUCGGAGUCUUGGUGGUCAUGUUGGGCAUCUUCACCUGGGGCAUCCCCUUGUUUGACCUGGAUACGUACCCCGACUGGGCACCAAGUACAAACAUCACAGUGCCUUGAAAGUUUUUGGAAGGUCGAGGUAGCGCAGUGCACGUCACUUGACUCUUCUAAGCCUGCGGUGGUUUGCGAACGCAAGGCAUUGGGUUGGCCUCUCGAAGUUGCGAAUGGGAGAACCAAGCUUUGUUGAUAUCGAACCAGUCUUCCCAGGGCAGUUUGAAUGUAUUUUUUUUUGGGAGGAAAGAUUGCUGGAACUAAUAAACUAUGCCUGUGUGUUCUGAACAAUAUAAUGAGGUAUAUUAUUUUCAAUUGUUUUCAACUGAAUGCAGCUUGGUUCAUUUUCUUCCAUCUACUAUGUAUAUUUUGAAUGCACUUGACAUGACACAUGUGAUCAUCUAUUUUGGUUGUUAAAGUCCAUGUUCUGGACCUUUUUUCAAGUCUUGAUAGAUAACAUGAUAAUGUCGAAAAAUGUAGGUUUGCACAUGCUUUUAGAUAUUACUUGCGACGACAAAGCGUAUAGAACGAUUUUAGAAAUACAGAGAAACAAUGUUCGCACUUAAAUGAUGUAAAUCAGUACAAUCUAGCAUAUAUGAUGUGAUUAAGACUGUUUCAAUUAAGUUACUGAAUAAAUACAUGCGUAUAUUAGCAUUUUUUUUGACAGCAUAAACUUGUAUUUUAAAAUAAAACAUCAGAAAUCAAUUAUUUUAUUGCGAUGGGUUGACUAAGGCGCAGGUUUCCACUGUUGUUGCUGUACAGCUCUCCAGCGUGUUUUUGGGUUUCACUCUGCGUGCUGCUUUGCACGCCGUCCGACGUUUCCCUCCACGUGCUGGGAGCUCCUUCAGGAAUUGACAUUCUUCGAAGCUUUUGCCUAGCACACGGAGCGGAGUCGUCAUCAGACACGAUGCCGUACAAACACGCGGCGACAACCCGAACACACAUCGUAGGGCUAAGAGUUUUGAUUUCAAGUAAGACGGCUGCUUCCAGCAAUGAAAGGCGUUACCAAAUGAUCGUUUGAUUAACCUGUGAGUUGUAUUGACAGGGUUUAAAAGGUGCUGUGUUGUGCAUCAUUAGGACUAAAUGAUGCAAGUUAGUCGUUUAAACUGAUAUCGAUGUAUACUUUUUGUAAUACAGAUCUUCACGACCUCAUUUGUAAAUAUAAAUAGAGCGUAUUACUCCUUUAUUCUGUGUACAUAAUAUAGCAGAAAAAAAUAAAUGCUUCUUGUUUUAUA